AUGGCUGUGGGCAAUGGGAGUGCUGUGACUGCGUUUGUGCUCAAGGGCUUCUCCGAUGACCCCAGGCUGCGGCUGGCCAGUGCUGCCUGUUUCCUGCCCAUCUACCUGUUUGCCCUGCUGGGCAACGCCUCGGUCAUCGCAGCUGUGAGCCGGGACAGCCGGCUGCACACGCCCAUGUACUUCUUCCUGAAGAACCUGUCCUUCCUGGACAUGUGCUACACCUCGGUCACCCUCCCCAAGGCCAUCGCUGACGGGCUCUCGGGCUCCGAGCGGAUCUCCCUCGCCGAGUGUGUGGUCCAGCUCUUUCUGUUUUUCACCCUCGCAUCCUCAGAGUGCUUCCUGCUGACGGCCAUGGCCUACGACCGCUGCGUGGCCAUCCAGAGGCCCCUCCACUAUGAGGUCCUGAUGAGCAGGCGGCGCUGUGUCCUGCUGGUCAUCACAGCCUGGCUGGCCGGAUCGCUCUUCUCAGCCUUCCACACCAACAACACCUUCUCGCUGCCCUUCUGCGGGCCCAACGUCAUCGAGCACUUCUUCUGCGACAUCCCCCCCAUCAUGAGGCUCUCCUGCACAGACUACCACACCAACGAGGUCCUGGGCUACAUCUUCAGCACCUGCAUCAUCCUCAGCGCCUUUGCCCUCACUGUCCUCUCCUACGUGUUCAUCAUUUCCACCAUCGCCCGGAUGCCGUCCACGGGAGGCCGCCAGAAGGCCUUCUCCACCUGCUCCUCCCACCUGGCCACCGUCUUCCUCUUCUAUGUCACCUCAAGCUUCGCCUACUUAAAACCCACCUCCCGCUUCUCCCCCACGCUGGGGCGCCUGGUGUCCGUGUUCUACUCGGUUCUCACGCCCAGCCUGAACCCCGUGGUCUACUGCCUGAGGAACCAGGACAUGCAGGCCGCCCUGAGGAGGCUCUUUGUCCCGUCCAAGUAG